GCGUCGUCGAAGGAUUUGUGAAUAACCGCGCUGCUAUUCGGUGACUGGCCAGACAAGGACACCGCAGAGACAGAAAGAGAGGGAGAGAUCGAGAGAGCCAGGAUAAGAGCACUUCUUCCUCCUCUUUUAGCCUUCUCUUCCUUUUCCUUCUCUUCUGCUCCCGUUCCUCCUCCGCGAUUCCUCCAGCGCACCUCUUCUACUACCACCACCUACCGGCUGCGCUGUUCUAAGGAAGGAAGAUCCUGGAGCGUUUCUGGUAGAAUCGAGAGAGGCUCACACGAACAAACGACAACUGGUGGGCAUCGGUGAGUCGGUUCGGUAGGGAGGUGUCUCCCGGUCCUCCAACCAGAAGAAGCGAGACGACGACGACGAAGGAGACCUUUGGCGGUUACACACCGCGUCCUACCGUCUUCUGGUGUGCCUACCUAUUCGGGCUACCAGCGAACCGAGCGGGCAAACGGAGCUUCAGUCGACGCCGCGCACCCAAACGGUCCAGACCUGUCAGCCCGGAAGACAGCAUCCCGACACACGUUCGAUUCUGAAUCGACUUCUCGAAAACGAGUUCCCGCCUUGUCUUUCGCUUGUACGCGCUACGAUUUCGGUCCUCGGUUCGGGGAAUUCCACGGAACACGUUUACUUCUCUGGAAAGCGGUCAGAAGUAGCCGGCGUCAGAGGGAACUGCGGUGCCCGCGUGGUGGCUUCAACCGGUAGAGAGAAAGAAGGGUACACGAUCGUGUUCCCGCGAGGAGGUACAGGCAGAGUGAUCUCACUCGCAGGAGUUAGCCGGUCGGGACUAGGUUUGCGCGGGAGGAGAAGAGCGACACGAGCAGCAAGAGAGGGACCAGAAGGAAGCCCGUGAAAGAGCGAAAAACGAGCGUACGCGAGGGACAGAGAAGCGUAUAGAGGUAGAAUCGGGUGGAGGGAGUGACUCGAGGCGUUAGCAGGACCGCGAGAGAGAGGAGGUAGAGGGAAAGGAGACAGAGAGUCGACCAAGAGAAGGAGCGGUGGGAAUUUAUAAGGAUGUUCGCGAUAAUGCCGAUGGAGACAGAGGGGCACGGCAGGGAGUUCGGCCGCCGGCAGAAGAUGCGCGCCAAGUGCACGGUAGAGUUCGUCUGCAAGUACUGCCAGCGGCGCUUCACGAAGCCCUACAACCUCAUGAUCCACGAGCGCAGCCAUAAGGACGACGUGACCUUCACCUGUGAGGUCUGCGGAAAGUCCUUCAAGCGGCAGGACAACCUCAAGCAGCACAGAUGUGGGUGGCGGUGAGCGGGAGCUCUGAAUCUCCUGCACCUUGACACACACACAAUGCACACGCAACAACAUCAACAUGAUCAACAAAAAUUAUUCAAACAUCAACAACAAUCUAUAACAACAAAAAUAUUGCUAUCCAUAUACUUCCAUUUAUUAUUAUCUCUAUAUAUAUUUUGACACGAUUCUUUCACUUCUCCAUUGUUCUGUCCUCUUCUUUUUCUUGGAUACUCGCUCGAAGUCUCCCGCAACCACGAAGACAAGUUCGGUUCUCGUGCAUCGUGUACCGCCACCACGACAGAAAAAAAAUACAAAACAAAAAAAGAAAAACGAACGGAGGAAAAAAAAAUGAUACGCUCAGCAUGCUUAACUCUCUACCACGACCACCACCAUCAACCAUCUCUUCUUUCGCUCUUCUGCUACGAUCUACGAUCGCGUUUAUCGCCUUCUACUAACACAGAGCCCGCACGAUAUUCCCCCCGCACUCGCGACACGUGGUGGAAUUGAUUUGCUAACCAGGAGGAGAAAUAAGUUAGAGAGGAAGCUGAUCAACUCUCAAGUGUUUACUUUCCUCAUCUUCCGAUUUCGACCAUCUUUGUUCCAGGAGCAUACACUCUGUUCCCUACAAGGGCUCCAACGGCUACUCAAAUGGCUAUUCGAAUGGCUACUCUAGGUACUAGAAGCCAUCCGGCCAACUAAUUCAUCCUAUGUAAUCCCGUAGACGCGCGUUUCGCUCUUUUCUUAUUAGGUUACUCUGGUUGCGAUCGGCACUGUUUCAAUCAGUUUUUGGAAUUUCUGUACAUUUCGAAACCUUGCUAUGGCUUCAGAUCUGUUCUUAAACAAACGCUACAACCUCGAAAUAAAUUCAUCGCGACUCGCGACAUUUGGAUAGCUCGUGAAAAUUGUAGAACAGCAAUCAUGUAACCUUUCGACCCCUUUGGGGAUGAAAUUUUUCUGACUCAUAAAAAAUUAAAUAAUUUUCUACCACAAUUUUUAUUCGUCACAAAAUAAAUAUUUGCCAUUAUCUUUCUUUUUUGUAGACUUCUUCAGCAUGUUUUCAUCAUCCCCAAAGGGUUAAACCUUUUAUCAAAAUUUCACGAGUUUAAUUUUUCUAAAAGAUCAACAAGAUUAAGGUUACGUGAUUGAACUUUAAUAUUAUGUAGUUGAACCACAAACUUCUAGAUUAUGUUGAACUUAUAUAUACUACUCAUUUGUAAACUUAUUGAUUAUGUUGUUCAUCUGUGAACUUAUAGGUUAUGUAGUCGAACUAUGAACUUAUAGGUUACGUUCAUUCGUGAACUCAUAGGUUAUGUUGUUCAUUCGUGAACUCAUAAGUUAUGUUAUUCAUUUAUGAACUCAUAAGUUAUGUUAUUCAUUUAUGAACUCAUAGGUUAUGUUCAUCCGUGAACUUAUUUAUAGUGAACGUAUAGGUUAUGUAGUUGAGUUUAAGAAACAGUAUUCUCUAGCCACGUUCUUUAACAAUUUUUGUUAAACGACACGAGUGAAUGGAUAUAUUUUGCUUAUUGCUGAAGCUGUCUUGUUCUGAGAAAUAAUUCAAUAUCAUUAUUCAGAUAAAUUUCACUUCUUGCUGAACUAUGAACAUCAGCUGAAGAAUACAUUGCUCGAAAUCGUACUUGAAAUCGAUUGCCAAAAUUUAUAUUUGAAUUAAAAGUAUAUUUAAAUAAAAUUAUGUCAAAUAGAAUGAAUAUUAAAAAUGAGCAUUAUAAAUGAAUGUAAUGAAAUAAUAUUGAGAAUGAACAUUAAGAAUCAGCAUGAAAGAAUUAAUAUUAAAGAAUGUAUAUUAAAAAUCAAAAUUAAUGAAUACUAAAAAUGAACGUUAAGAAUGAACCUUAACAAUGAAAAUUCUAAACGAAUGUUAAAACAUUAAGAAUGUUAAAAGCGAUAAAAAAUUAGAGUUCAGUAUUUCGACGAACAAGAGAGCGAGCAACGUGAAAUAUAGAAUAGAAGGUUCUUCGAGAUAGAGCACUGAUAAAAAUGAAGUGUUACGUCGAAAUUCCGAGAACUUCUUGAUCCGACCACGCGCCUAUCCUACUCGAUGUCCGUCUGUCGGUUCUCCGAGUCGAUUAAUUAUCAGCUCGAAACGACUUAACGCCAGCCUACCGAGUCGCAAAGGGAAACAGUUCCGUGGACACUAAUCGUCUCCUCGCCUAUUAAACCUCGCUUCUCGCUCCUCCAUUCCGCUUCUUCGAUUGUUUCGUCUCAAAGCUUUUGCCACUUUCCUGUAUUCCGAGCCUAGACACCUAGACGUCAGCCACAGCAAGUCAUCGAAACUGAUCGCGACAAAGACAUCGAGAGACAGAAACAGCCAGAAGAGUCAUCCUAGAGAGCCGAGUCACAAUUGCUGAUGAAGUUGAUCCAGUACACUAAGGACCUGUCUGCGACCUUUGUGGACCUGUCCGAGACAUUUGUGGACACCCAAGACCUUUGUGAAUCUUCUGAAACCUUGUGGAUCCGUUUGAGAGCUUAUGGAUCUGUCUGAGACCUGUAGACUUCUUUGAGACUACGAGGAUUUACAACUCGUUCACACGCUGAUGAAAGAGAACGCGAGAAACUGGUUCAUUACAAGGUGUUUCAAAAUUGGGCUGACGAGUGGGGACCAAGUUGCAUAAGACUGUGGAAAAUGAAUGAACGGACAGGGAAAUCGUUAUCGGCAACAGGAUGGACGACAACGAGUACCCAACCAGUUUGGUUAUCUUGAAGAAUCUACCCGUCCAUAGUUCCUGCUUUCUCCUACACCACGUAACAAGUUAAUCGUGGAAAACAGAGUCAACGAGAUGCCAUCCAUGGGAAUGAAGCAAUCAGGCCAAGGUCGAGGUUGCAUCUGGCUCUCUCUUCGCGAUCGAACCCUUCGAAGAUUUUGAGCGACCUUGAAACUCUCCGGUUCCCGAACAAGUUUCCGCGUGAACAAGCAGCAGAAUGAUACAUUAGUCUUAGGAUCUAAUUACGGGCAGAGGUGACAGAGAAUUUGGAGCAAGACGUCAACCUCCGAGAGAAGGAAAUUUGAAUACGAAAGGGUAGCCGAUCGAGACGCCCGGAAGCGGUUAAUUUGAAUUCGAAGGAGAAAGAAUGAUCCGUGUCAACACCGUAAUGCCAGGACCCCGGGCUAGAAUCCCAAAUUGGACCGCGUAAUAACCCGGUUCAAAAGUAGCUACCGAAGAGCCGAUGCUACCGUGAAACCACGCCCAGGCCCGGAGCGACGUCCGCGCGGGCAGCUGCAGCUUUCGAGGGCCAAUUCGACGCGAUUUAUCAGCGAUCCGUGAAAAUGUAUCGGCGCGUGGUGCACGUGGAAAUGGAUCGACGUUGUUGGAGAGCUCGCCGUUGUUGGAGACGCGACCAGACGACCUUGGAAACGUGAAACAAGGCGGGUCCGCUGACGCAAAUACCAGUCAGCUGGGAUCGAUUUCCACUGGAUGAACCGUCCGCUCCAAGUGUCUCUUCGAUUUCGCGCAGACCGAGCGGGAUCGUUCGAUUAGAAUGGCAUGAUUGAUCAGCUCGGUACGUUUCCCGGCCAUCCGUUGGUGACACCAUAUAUCCCCGAGACUUUCUGCGGGCUACGUCGGCCGGACAUCGGCGUGGAAAAGUUACUUCUACCCAAAACUGUGAACCGAGCGCCUCUCACGGCGAUGACGAACGACGAACAUGGCGAACUUGAGGUUCAGUAACUUUUUUCUUUCGUUAACUUUUUUCGAAAAUUCGGUUUUGUAUCUGAGAGAGAGUGUGGAGAUUUUAUCAAGUUUUUUGAGUUUGUUCUAAAUUGUCAUUUCUUGAUGGGCGAUCAAAUCAUUGGAGCUACAGUGCAAAUGUUCUUCCUGUAUUUUUCGAUUGAUUGUUUGUAUUAUCACUGGGUCUAAUAAUUCAGAAAUAAUAAUUCAAUAAAAGCAGACUUUCUUUUUAAGGUGACUCUAAUAGUUUGAUCAUUCUUUAAUUUAUGCAAAAGAUGUCCUCUGUACUUUUUAAGUAAAAUUGAAUGUAAACAUCAGAUAGAGAAUAUGACAGCUCCAUAAGGCCUUACAAAAGGUUCAGAUUUAUAGAAUUUUGUAAAUGCACUAUUUAAAAUAAUUGAAGAAAUUUUUAACUGAAUAUAUCUGAAGAUAUGAACAUUGAAUGUUUAGUAUACUAUUUUUGUAUCAGAUAUAUAAUUCUGUAGAAUUGUUCAAAGAGAUAACUCAGCUAAAAUUUGUAAUUUUGCAAAAAUAUUUUAAAAUAUAUUUCUAUAGUGAAGUAUUUAUAAUUGAGUUAUCUGAAUGAAUAUUCCAAUAAUUUAAUUAAACAAUUCAAUUGCAUUAAGUAGUGUAUAAAUCUAUUCUGAAAACUGUAUGAUUGAGGAUUCGUACAGGAUUAAAAUUAUUUAAUCCCUCCAGCUGAUAAUUAGCAAUAAAAUUUCUAGUAGAGUAAAUAAAAAUAUAGAAAUUUGAAAGUUUGCAUAUUUUCAAAAUUAAAAAUAAACGAAAGUUGUAUGAAAUCAGCAACAGGGAUUAAAGAAUUGACAGCCAUUUUUGAUGGAAACUAACCUCAAAAGAAUCGUCGUGCGUCACGCUGUUCCUACCGAGAAAAAACAAACCCUCCGCAACAGUCGAAACAACUAUUUUUCUUUCCGUCACAAAACCGCUCGAAAUUAUCCACACUCAACUCAAAAUUCGCACACGCAAUACGCGCAGUCUUGUAAAAAAAAUUCGAUGUAUUACGGUGUCUCAGCUCUGUACAUUUUUUGUUCAUCUUCCCGUUUAGGAGCGCGUGUAUUAUUCGCGAGGCUAGUUUUAUAGUCUCCUUGUAAAUUAAACGCGAUUAAUCUGUACACACGUCGACACACGUACACGCACACAUACACUUACACAGCAUGGAUGCGAAGCAAAAAUAAUUGUUUAAACGACCGGACUUCGAGCUGCGGCGUCUCGAAGAUCGAUUCGAGAUCGAUAAUGCUGACCAGCUCGAAAAGUCCACGGUGACGACUUUGGGAGCGAAAAAAUGAAGAGACAUGGCGGCUCGAUCGCCGAACACUAGUGUUUCCUCUGUAUGGAAUGGAAAGGAGUAAGGAACAGUCGUGCUUUGUACAUAGCUUAAAAAAUUACAUAUCGCUGCGUCUUUGAAUAUACUAUUGCGGGCAAUGCGAUUAUCACGAAACGUAUUAUUAUUAUUUUAAUAAUUAUUUUUAUUAAUAUUAUUAAUAAUUAUUUUAUGAACGUUAUCGAAAAAAAAAGAAAUAGUCGUUAGUCAGUGUGCAUCGUAGCCAUCGAUAGGCAUCUCGAUCCUGUAGAGCUGUAUCACGUUUUACCGAUUAAUAGAAGUGAUAAUAAUGUUAUUAUAUAUAUAUUUUAUAUAUAUUAUAUUAUAUAUUGUGUUAUAUUAUAAAUUAGACGUGUA